AAAAAAAAAAGAGAAGAGUUUCUUGUAAGAAAAUAAAAUGCUCUACCAAGCGAUUGAUUUGUGGCCAGGACAGAGGUGCAGAAGAAGAAGAGGCGGUUGAAUACCGUUAGCCUUUUGCAGAUUAGAGGAAUUAGAAGAAAGAAAAGAUGUUGGGGGGUAGCUGGAGGUUCUCCUUCACAAUCACAAUCGCACCACCUUGUUUCUCAAAUAAGCGUAAAUAUAGUGCUGCUGCUGCUACCACCACCACUAGUGGAUAUGGAUUUUACUGCAGAGCCCUGGAGGAUCAACAGCAGACUCAGCUCACUUCUACUACCCUCAGUGGAAGUCAGAACAAGAAAAAAGUAGUGAUCGUGGGUUCUGGCUGGGCUGGUCUGGCCGCUGCUCACCACCUCUGCAAACAGGCGUUGGAUGUGACGGUUCUUGAAGGUGGCUACGAAUUUGGGCCCAAAAAUAGAACUCUUGCUCCAGAUGAUGUUGGCAUUCGAGGCUUCUGGUAUCCCUACAAAAAUAUUUUUAAUCUAGUUGAUGAGCUGGACAUUAAGCCUUUCACAAAGUGGACGACCUCCGCAGUAUAUUCUGGAGACGGAUUGGAGGUCAAAUUUCCUCUAUUUCAAGAGGUACCUCAACUGCCAACGCCAUUUGGGACAUUGUUAUAUACUCAGCUUGCUCGACUGUCAAGGGUGGACAUGUUGACAUCUCUUCCUCUAAUGGCUGCUGUGAUUGAUUUCGACAACACUGACGCUGCCUGGGAAAACUACGACCCAAAUAGAUUGGAACUUUUAGUUACUGCAAGGGAGCUCUUUCGACAAUUUGGCUGCUCAGAGAGGCUGUAUCGCUAUGUGCUUGAUCCACUGCUACAAGUGGGAUUGUUUGCUCCUGCAGAGCGAUGUAGUGCUGCAGCGACUCUGGCAAUACUUUACUAUUUUGUCCUUGCUCAGCAGAGACAUUUUGACUUGGUAUUGUGUCGAGGGACAGUCAAGGAUAAGAUUUUUGGUCCAUGGAUGGAUUCACUUAAAUCCCAAGGCUGUAAAUUCCUGACGGGAAGAAAGGUUACGGAUAUAACUAUUGAUGAAGAGACAGGUUGCAUAUCUGAGGUCGUUUGUGGGAAAGAAAGUUUGAAAGCUGAUGCUGUAAUUUUUGCUAUUGGAAUCUCCACUAUGCAGGAAAUAAUUGAAAACAGUGCAGCAUUAUGUACAAGGGAAGAGUUUCUGAAAGUUUUAAACUUGGACAGCAUUGAUAUCCUCACUGUGAAGCUGCAAUUGGACAGAAAGGUUAGCAUACCAAAUGCAAGCAAUGUGUCCUCCAGAUUUGAUGAUUCAACUGGGUGGACCUUUUUCAACCUGAACAUGAUUUACGAUGAGCAUAAUGACGAUUUAGGAACAGUUGUUCAAGCUGAUUUUUAUCACGCCAAUGAUCUGUUGCCUCUCAAGGAUGAAAUAAUAGUCAAGAGAGUAAUGUCUUGCCUUUCAAAGUGCAUUGGCGAUUUUGAGAAGGCUGUGGUGGUUGAUAAAGAUAUUGAAAGAUUUCCCAAGUACUUGCCACACUUCUUUCCAGACAAGCUUGCAUCUGGGAAACUUCUUCUUGUCAGCAGGGGGAACUACAUGUUCUUACAAGUACAUGAUGCGUGGUUCUACAUCGUUCCCAAAUCUGUUCAUGGCAGGAGACUGGAUCAUAAGCCGUCAUGGUUCAUGGUCACAGGAGAAAUCUUUUGUUACGGGACUCGAGGCAGCUAACAGGGUGGUGGACUAUCUUGAGGUGGGAACUUUUGCUAAAAUAAUACCUGUGGAAGAGGAUGAGCCUCACAUUCAAGCUUUUCGGAGUCUAAACAGGAACCUUGAUGAAUUGAGGGGGCAGCUUCCAUGGUCAGACUAUUUUCUACAAUGAUGCAGUUCUGUCUUCUGAUUGAUGUUCAGCAUUUGUUGCGCGGUUUCGAAUAUUCCUUGCUGAACAGUAUUAAAUAGAUGCUCUCAGAUCCCAACAAUUGUGGUGUGGUGUGGUGUGGUGUGGUGUGGUGUGGUGUUAGGAGAGGUGGAAUUCCAUAGAAACAGGAAGCAAUACAACAGUCUCAUAUGUUUCCGCUUUACCCUUUGAUCUGUCAAAAAUGCGGAUCAAGACUGGAAAAUGUUCUACCAGUUGCUAGCUGUAUCAUGAGCUUCACGAGAUUAGCAAUCUUUUGAUGGAGGACUGUAAAAAUUGACUUCAUCAGCUUGAUUCAAUUACUGCAUUUUGAUCCAUCUAUUGUUGUCAUUCACACAGUGACUAGGGCAAAUAUUACGCCUAACCAUCUUUUUACGACA